CUACUCAGGAUGCGCGGUUCUUCCGCCUGCAUCGCAAGGCGUUGGUGACUGUCAUGCGUAUCAUUGGGUUUGUGUUGGACGUGCGCCUGAACCACCGCGUGACGCGAGUGCUGCGAACAUUCCGCAAACGAUACAUCCCGCGCAGUCAACUGAAGAUGGACACGGGGUAA